AUGCUAAUACGCAGCGUUUCAGUUCUUAGCAGAGUGGUUUUUCGGAGGAUGCUGAGGACACAUGUUCUGAGUAGAUUCGUGGGGGGCCAGUGGGUUCUGAGUGAAUUCCUGGAGGGCCAGUGGUUGCGCACUCUAAUCUUAUUCAGCCUCAUCUGCCAAAUAAUACUUGUUUGCCUCGGUGACCGCCGGAAGUACGUUCCGAAUGGUUUGAUCAGGCCACUCACUUGGUUGGCCUACUUGAUGGCCAACUCAGUUGCUUCAAAUGCGCUCGCGAUGAUAACAAAUAAUGCGGCGCGGAUAGAUAAUCAAUACGUUCCGGGAUAUCUCAUCGAAAACAUCACACUAACGACGUUUUGGGCGCCAUUUUUGUUGUUGCAUCUGGGUGGUCCUGAUAGGAUCACAGCUUAUUCUCUGGAAGACAAUGAACUCUGGUCAAGGCACUGUUUAACCCUGUUUAACCAGACGGCUGCCAUUGUUGCCAUCUUCUCCUUUGCGUGGAGCCAGUCCAGGUUUUACAAACUUUCCAUUCUGAUGAUGGUCCCUGCUCUCAUUAAGUAUGGCGAAAGAGUAUGGGUGCUAUGGGCUGCUAGCAGCGACCACUUCAAAAAAUUUUGCCCGGACCUCGAACCUGAUCAUCGUUCCAGGAUCCUGGAAGAGUACAAACUGAAGGAGAUCGAGGGUUACAAGCUCAUUUCACUCACAGUGAAUGAGGUGCAUGAAGUGAUGAGAACACAUGUGGAAGCAGAUCUUAUACAACUUUCGGAUGAGCAACUGUAUGAGCGCUGUCAGUUUGAACUCCUGGCAGCCAGAGGCUUGGUGGACAUUUUCAAGCGCAUUUUUGCAGAUCUUCCGCUCAGCUUUAAGGAGUAUGACACUAGCCGGUCAGUUCUCAUGGGCAAAAAUUUUCUUGUGGUUCACAGAGUUAUUGAGAUUGAACUGGGUUUUCUUUAUGAUUUGCUAUACACCAAAGCAUUGGUAAUCUAUGGUGGUUUCGGCCCCCCCCUCCGUUUCUGCAGCAUCACCGUAACAUUCAUCGUCUUGAUACUUUUCACUUUCACUCACAAGAAUAAGUUCUUAUCAAGCUCAUCUUUUGAUAUCAACGUCACCUAUGCAUUGCUAGUUGUGGCGCUUUUACUUGAGAUGUAUGCAGUGUGCGAGCUUCUUUCAUCGGACUGGACUGCAUGUCGGCUGAUUAACAACAAGCACUUCGGCUUCCUUAAAUUUAUAAAUAGGUUCUACCCGCUGCACAAAAGGAGAAGGUGGUCGAACUCGAUCGGUCAAUACAACCUGCUGAGUGUCUCCCUGGAGGAAACACAAUCAUCAGCUUGGCAUAGAGUUCUCGGGUACCUGCGCGUGGACCUAAUGGAGGCUGUGCAGAAGUACCUCUAUCAGAGCCAUGAGAAGGUGAGCGAUGACUUGAAGGGGUUCAUCAUCAAGCAACUGAUCGCAGAUGAUCGAAAGAGAGAUGCGGAACUCCCUUCCCCAUGGACCAGCAGGGGAAGCGACGCUCUCGAAAGGAAUAACCAGUCGGUUAGUCUUAAAUGGAGCAUCGAAUUGGAGUUCGCUGAGAGCAUAAUCGUUUGGCACAUUGCUACAGAAAUAUGCUACCACCGAGGAGAUCCCAGUAGUGGGGACAACUCUGCUAAUUCAGAACGUGAUGAAGAAACUGAAGCUAGAUGUAAAAUUAGCGAGCACUUGUCCCGAUAUAUGGUAUAUCUUGUAGUUAUGUACCCUAGAAUGGUGCCUACAGAAACCAUCCGUAUCAGAUACCAGGACACUUAUGCUGCAGCCCUGAAGUUCUUUGAGCAGGAGACGCGGGAAAGACGUCGCACAUUGAAGAUGGCUGAAGCUUGCAAGCUGUUGCUUGAUCAAAUGAAGACCAAAGACGGCUUGACCGUUCCAAAUAGUCGGAGAAGCAAGAGCAAAUUCUUGUUGCAUAACGGAUGCCGUCUCGCAGAACAGCUGCUCCUCAUUGCCGAUGGAAAGGAGAGAUGGAGAGUCGUUAGCGAGGUUUGGAUGGAAAUGUUGGCUUAUGCCGCGAGUGAAUGUGACGCAGAGUGUCAUGCAAGGCAACUGAGACGAGGAGGGGAGCUACUAACUCAUGUCUGGUUUCUGAUGACUCAUUUUGGCCUAACGGAUUAUUUCACGAUGAAGAAUGCCCCGGCGGUAGUCGACAUGAUCGUCAAGUGA